AUGAAUUUCCAGAACAAAGUUGAAAAUACCAACUUUGAUGGCAUUCAUCAAGAGGUAAGAAGUCUCGGCCGCUACCUUCUAGCAUACUUGAGUGUACUUGGAUCUUUACUGAAGUUGAUAAAGGCACGUAGAACAAUAUGGUUCCAUUUAUAUACCUUAUUCCUGUUCACCAAAUCGGACUUCAAGACCGUCAUAUUCCCACAAUGCGUAUUCGCCCUCUCCUUCGCCUACUCUCACACACAAUCUGGCACAAGCCUUGCAUUCGGUGAGAUCUUCAAAUGGCGAUUUCCAUACAUGCUCGUCUGGAUCUGGGUUCAUCUACUUGUAGAGAAUGUCGCGAACCAACGACUCCCUGGAUCAGUGGUAGAGGAUACAGAGAACAAACCGUGGAGGCCAUUGCCAUCAGGCCGAAUCACACCGGAUGAAGCCCAGAGUCUCCUUCGAAUACUUGUCUGUGUAGCACUAGCUAUCAGCGUCCUUCUCGGCAGUUUCGAAGCCAGCAUUACGCUCAUGACUUGCAUCUGGCUUUACAAUGAUCUCGAUGGCAGUGGGGCCGGUCCUUGGCAGCGAAACCUCCUCAACGCUGCGGGACUAUCAUGUUUUGGGUGGGGUGCUGUUGCGGUAUUGUUCUCUGGCGAUGGGUUCCCAAAGGAUUUGCUCUGGAAAUGGUUGUCCCUACUCGCCGCUGUGAUCACCACCACGGUGCAUGCUCAGGAUUUUCCUGAUGUGGAAGGAGAUGCUAAAUCCGGGAGGAAGACCAUGCCACUGUACUACGGCCAACGACCUUCACGAUAUGGGCUUGCCAUACUUUUACUCCUGUGGUCUGUGGCCUGCCCGGCAUUCUGGCAUGUCAAUUUGCUGGUUGGAGCAGCUCCACUUUUCAUGGGUAUCGGGAUGGCUGGGAUGACAGCAUUUAGAUGUGACAUCUUUUACGAUGCCAUUGUGUGGAGAUGUUGGUGUCUUUGGACUGGUGUUUUGUAUCUUCUCCCCCUUUUUGCAUCAGCGAGAGCUUGA